UUCAUUUGCCUUGCAGAGUGUUCAUUAUGUUGACUCCAGAGACUGGUGGGGAUUACAAGUUAAGGUUGCCCGCAGGCACCAAGCGAGCAUGGAGGCUCCCACUAAGCCGAGCUUCCUCUUUCAACCUUCAUCUUCGUCAACAAGCUGUGAUAACCAUGUCCACCGCAAUACCUUCAAUCGCCUGCCUAGGCGUUAUCGGCCGAAAUAACAACCCCCUCCAUAUCUCGAUCUUCCCCUCGCUCGAUCCAGUAACAAAUACGUUCGCUCCGAUUCGCACACCUCUCCAGUUCUCCCUCCUGCUCUCUUCCACUAUCGAUGUCUUUGAUCUGCGCGCAAAGACCAACGCAGUCUCAGGGGUUGGCCUCUCGGGAGACUUUGGACUUCUCCACGCUGUCGAUGACCGCCUUGCCGCCUACGGCUUCGAGACCAACACAGGCGUCCGAAUGGUCUGUCUUGUCGAUAUGCGCGGUCGGCGUGUCGAUGGCAAUGCCCCCGUAGCUGCAAGUCGGGGCGCUGCUGCAGGUCUACGCGAUGCUGAGCUUAAACCCGUCUUUCGCGCCAUGCAGCAUGCAUAUGUCAAGUUGUUACAGAACCCAUUCUAUGACCCGGACGACCAUGCUCCACUGGGCGGGAGAGGGGGCAAGAAGAUCACAAGUCGCAAGUUUGCGGAUGACAUGAAGAGGAUAGGAGAGGGCUGGACCCCGGGCGUUACAAACCUCUAAGUUCAGCUUGGAUUGGGUAGUGUAUGAGUAGACCAAGCAAGAUACAGGUGCAUGGCGUUUUGGAGUCUGGCAUAACGGUAUAUCCGGUCAUAGACUACCUAGAUAUUGCUCUUGCAUGGGCAACUGAUUUUUCACUGAAUGAGUUAUGUCUGUUUGUUUUGGAGUAACUGUGUGCA